AUGAAGAAUAUCUGUGUUUUCAGAAAUAGAAACUCAGAUAUUAUACUCUUUUAUACUCACAGAUAUGAGGCUUAUACAUCUUAUCUGAGAUGUUAUUAUAAGAAUGAGCUGUUCACACACUGUAUUCUGCUUUCUAUAUUAUUUCAUAUCUCUCUCUCUCUUUCUGAAAAGUCUCAUACAUGUU